GACGGCCUCGCUCACCUCUUCCGCAGCGAGCGAACCCGCUUCCACUCCCGCGCCAUCUACGUGGCGGCCGACGAGAUCCUCAUCGCGCCCACGCUGGACCAGGCCGACGCCACCUUCCAGGGCCGCGUCAGUUUGGGUUCCUACCCAGACUGGGCCAACAACUAUUACCGCGUGAAGCUGACGUUGGACUCGGAGUCGGAGCAGGACCUGGAGGAAGCGUAUCGCUUCUUGAUGGAGAAGCUGCCGCCGGGCGUUGUUGUGCCGUUG